AUAUGGUAUCCUGUCUAUCUGCCCCUGUAUUGUUGUUGACACCAGCAAUAUGCCAGACAUCUAACAGUUUUAAAAAUGUUUGUAAUUUCUUAAAAUAAAUUUAAAAAAAACUUAAAAUGCAAGGAGCGGAAUUUCCUACAGAGGUUAAAAGCCCAUUCAAUUUACCUACUUAUCAGAGAAGGCUGCGGCAUUUACAUAGUAUUGCUGUACGAAACUUGUACUGUCCUCAAGAUCAAGAUGUUAAUUUAAAUAAACUGCAAGUUUAUUUCACCCUUCAUAAAGAUGAAAAAGAAAAGUCUUUUUACACCAGUGAGAAAAUAAUUGGUUCUUUGAACCCAACAUGGCAAAGUUUUGAUUUACUUCGCUGUGAUGCAGAAAUAGAUGGCACCACCAAAUUUUUAGUUUUAAGGAUUUGGUUUGUUUAUGAACAGAAGUCUAAAGUAGCUAUAAUGGCACAAGUUCAUUUAUCAGGAUUGGUGUUUUUCUCCUCCAAGCUGCAAGUCCCUGGGGUCAAGUAUCCACCUAAUACUUUGUUGUUUGGAAUGUUCAAUAAUAUUUUCAUACACUAUGAUGUUUCCACGGCCAGUCCACAGCUUAGCCAAUGGAUCUUAGACAAAGUGGUUCCAACCGACAGUUUUCCUCCUGUGGUUAAAGUUGAUCAGUCCUCGCUGAAACCAUCUUAUAACAUCAACUACUUGUCCAGGAUACAUACUGUACAAAGAGCUAUCAAGCAGACCCAAGCUUCUGUUAAAAGAAUACAUUCAGACAUUGAAGACAAACUGUUGACUUCCAAUGAAAGUUCUGAUAAGCUGUCCUACAGAGAAGUUUUGCUAAUGAAGGUUAGACAACUCCGUAAAGAACUUCUGUGGCAGACACAGCAGAAACAGUGUGAACAAGAAGAGUUAGACAAGUAUAAAGUACAACAAAAUGGUAGAUCAAACAAUUUAAAAGAAAAAAGACUUCAACUUCAGAAGAUGCUUAAGGAUACAGAAGAAAAGAGAACUAUGCACAUUCAGUCAAGGGAAAUGCUGGUUAAGGAAAAUGCGCAAGUUUUAUUUAGAAGGAAGCAAAUUAUUAAUGAGAUGGUUCAUUAUAUUUACCCAAUCACCCAGGAUGACAAACAGAACUUUUUCAUUCAUGGUGUCAGGCUGCCUAAUGCUGAAGACUAUCAUGGUCAGGACGAGAUCCGCCUGUCUGUGGCCCUGGGCUUCACCUGCCACCUGACACAGAUGGUGUCCCACUUCAUGGACAUGCCACUGCGCUACCCCAUGGUUCACCGCGGCUCUCGCUCCACAAUCAUUGACCACAUCCACAGUAAACUUACAGAGAAGGACAGAGAGUUUCCUUUAUAUGGGAAAGGCAAAGAAAAGUUCCAGUACAAUUAUGCUGUUUUUCUUUUAAAUAAAAACAUAAGUCAGCUUCGCUUCUACUGUGGUUUAGGGACAAAUGAUCUCAGGCAAACACUACCCAACCUAAAAUCUUUACUUGAGCAAAGACUUGGUGUGAGAAGCCAUUCCUCUGAGCCCCGUGGCAACACUCAAACCCUCCAGUCCCCUCAGCCCACAAGUGUCGGUGAGUCCCUGACCAGCAGACGCAGUCAGGUGGCAUCCAGCGAUGCCUCCAGCUACGCUAGGAAAGAUUUUGUUUCAGACCUUGAAGCUUCAGAUUCCACUGUAAAAACAUCUGGUAUAUUACCCUCUGAGAUGGAAAAUUCAAACACAUUCUUGGAGACCAUCGAACAAAGAACAUUUGAGACUGUUUCAACAUCACACAACGGUCAGGACAACGGCACAGAAUUCCAGGGUUUCACUCACCAGAACUCUUCUGACAUGGAGGGGAGCAGCUGUAAGGACUAUGCUGAGUAUUCCCACCAUAAGAAUGGACACACGGUGCAUGAGGUGCAUGACAAGAAGAAAGAUGGCCACCACAGCAGGAGGGUGAUAGAGGAGGAGGAUGAGACGGAGGAACUCUUCCAGCCGUCUGACGACCACUUUUUCCAAGUCAACAGCCAGCCCGGGGUGCAGGAGUUCAACAGUUUACUCGCAGAGUCCCUCAACCACAGCCACAUCCUGUCUGCCAACUUUGGUAGUGACAUCAACACCAACGGUACCAUUCCUUCUUCAGACAUUCUGAAUGACAACAAUUUCAGGAGUUUUAAACUCUUGAAAGCACAAGGGGCCUCUCAAGCAGGGGCAGACAAGCAGGUUUUAGAGAGUGGCCAGUCAGGGGGAGACCACCACCAGUCCACCAUCACAGAACAAGUAGAUAAUGGGUUCUCUCCCCUUACUGACACAGGGUUAUAUUCUCACCAGGAAAAACCUUGAGAUCAAAUCAGUUUACUUUCAUAUUUCAGAUAUUACCAAGCUAUCAGUACAUUAACUUAUAUUAGUCUUUCAAUGAGGUACAUCCACAACAUAUGUAAGGAGCAUGGCCUUAUAAAAUCUUUUAGUGUGGUCUAACCUAAAGGUAACAAGAACUGUGUGACUUAAAUUGAAAGUU